AUGCGUCUCUUGCAACGCAGCAGCACUGGCGACUUCCGCCUCACCAAGGAUUUGAUUGGCGAUGAGACUAUCCCUCCGUAUGCGAUACUUUCGCACACAUGGGAAGCAGACACAGAGGUCACCUUUGCAGACAUGGCAAAUGGGACUAGCACGGAUAAGUUUGGCUAUAGGAAGAUCCAGUUCUGUGGAGAGCAAGCCAAACAAGACGACUUGCAAUACUUCUGGAUUGACACCUGUUGUAUCGACAAGUCAAACCACGUUGAGCUUCAGGAGGCCAUCAAUUCCAUGUUUCGCUGGUACCAGAAUGCGGUGAAAUGCUACGUCUAUCUAUCCGAUGUUUCGACAGCAAAGCCGAACACAUAUGAAUUCUCUGGCUCUACUUGGGAAUUGUCUUUCCAGAAAAGCAGAUGGUUUACUCGUGGUUGGACCCUUCAAGAGCUUCUUGCCCCGCGUUUAGUCGAAUUCUUCUCCCAAGAAGGCACGCGUCUAGGUGACAAGAAAUCGUUAGAGCGGCAAAUUCAUGAGAUAACGGGCAUCGCUACCCUAGCCCUCCAAGGAGCCCCAUUAGAGGAGUUUGAUGUUGAGGAGCGAUUAUCGUGGGCAAAAAGCCGUCGGACCACCCGCAAAGAAGAUAGAGCGUACUCGUUACUGGGUAUAUUUGGGAUCUACAUGCCACUCAUCUAUGGUGAAGGCGAAGAUAACGCAUUCAGACGGCUCCAGGAAGAGAUCAACAAGCCUUUAAACGGCCGCCAACGGAAAAUGGAUUCGCUUUCUAUUGUGGACGCAUCCACCACCACCAUCCGACUCAUCGAUACCACAUCGAUAUCGAUAUCCUCCUUUAUACGAUCCGUCCGCGAAUCUCGGCCGGAUCUCAACAUUGUCGAAAAUGAACUCCAGUCCAUCAAGAGGACGCUUGAGCUGCUUCGCGAAGAUCUCGACACGGCAUCCGGUAGCGAAGCAUCACCGGCACUUCCUAUCUCGUUUAAGAAACAAAUCCUUGGAAUCAUAGACUGUUGUGCUGCCACAAUUAAGCAGAUUCAAGAAUCCCUUGAAAAUUCUCGCAGCCUUCUGGCCAAGUCUGUCGUUGGCCAAGCCAGAUGGGCCACUAAUGGAAAAAUAGAUAUCCAAAGACAUCGCUCCGUGCUCGAGUCCAAUAGACGUGCAUUAGAGAUUGCGGUCGACCUACUUUCCUGGACGAUGACAAGAGAAGUUAAGGACACAACUGUCGUCCGAGAUGAUACUUCUCACAUCAAGCAAGACACGGUGCGAAUUCUGGAGGAAAUAGCCAGGCUACAGGAGCAACUACCUCGAGAUCUGACACAACCUAAUGAUGAGCGCGGACUAGUGCUAGACAGAUAUCUGGAAAGCCUAACGUCUUACACCGAGACACUCAAUGCCGAAAUGGACGCCGAGUGGGACAGCAAUAGCAACGAUCACCUGUACCACCUGUCUAGAUCUGACGGGGAUGCACUGCCAAACGAUCCGGUUAUUUCCCAGCCUUCUCAAGCUCAACUUCCCUUGCGCCCUUUGAGCAACCAGGCCCACGGAGGCGCCUUGGAGAGUCUUCAAAAAAUGGGCUUUACAGAGCAACACUCGACCCUUCCCAAAAGCUUCCUUCUCGCAGUCAAUAACCGCAUUUCGAGAGACCAGUUCCUUCAACUGCGAACAGGGAACCUGCCGUUCAAGAAAUCCGCACCGUUGCUUACCAUCGGGGCUUUCCUCUUCCCGGGCACACUCCGCGUCGUCACCCAGCGCAGGUCACUCAGCGACAUUGCGCAGAAUAUGACACCAGCGGUGCUCCGCGGGUAUCAACGGCGUGCAGUCAAGGGUGUGGCAUAUCCAGCGCUUAUCCCGAGUAUUGAUCCGAAUGUUGAGACGACAGGAAUGAUGAUAUUCGGUCUAAACGGUCCGGAUCGGAAGGCAAUGGAUGCUUUCCAAGGGGGCAUGUACGAUUUGAGCCGGGUGACGGUAGAGAUUGAACUCGAGGAUGGGACUAAGGAGUUCCCUGAGGCGUUGGCCUUUGUUUGGAAUGGGCCGUCAACGGGGCUUGUUCCAGUGGAAGACAUGUCUUGGUCGCCGUUGGAUAUGCUCCAUGAUAGAUGGUUGUCUGGGAUACUCAAAAUGGUAGAACACGAGGAGGAGGCACUUUAG